CUAUGAGAAUGUAACACACAGGAAGCUUGUCAUGAAGUGGGAACGAGCUGUCCCCACUUCACACAGAAGUACAUUUCAGUGUUAUUCCUAGUUCCCAAGAACGACAGCUUUCUUGGAAGUGACACCUCUCCCAUUUUUGUCUCCUCAUAGAAUGAAGACUGCAGUUCGAUGGAGGCUUCUGAAAUCCAGUCUUUGAUCGCCAAAAGUAGAGAAGCUCUCACUUUUGCCUACUGUCCCUACAGCAAGUUUAAAGUCGGCGCAGCAUUGUUGACCAAGGAAGGCAAAGUGUUUACAGGUUGCAACGUGGAAAAUGUGUCCUAUCCUUUGUGUAUCUGCGCCGAGAGGACUGCCAUUGUCAAGGCCGUCUCUGAGGGUUACAGAGAGUUCAAGGCCAUGGCCAUUGCCACAGAACUUCCUGACACAUUUGCCUCUCCAUGUGGAGCUUGCAGACAGGUUUUGUUGGAGUUUGGAUCAAACUAUGAUAUUUUCCUGACAAAACCGGAUAUGACGUACGUGAAGAUGACUCCAGCAGAGUUGCUCCCGCUUGGAUUCACCCCCAACCUUCUCCUGGAACCACCAAACCAAGACAGUUCUUAGUGUCAGAAUGGAGCCCAUUCCGAGAGUGGAAUUGGUAUAUCUAGUUGUAAGAUAGUUGCUUUCCCAAAUUCCAUUUCUUCCCAGUAUUAUUGUAGCCGAGAUCGGGAUUAGAAUGUUUAGCGCUGGUAAUGUAUAUCUUCCUAAAAUCCCAGCGUUCAUUCCCUUAAAGUUGUGAAGGAAAAAAAGGAAUGUUUUUCUUCAUUUUUUUAAAAGCACAGUCUUAUGGCCAGCCUGUUUGUCUACAGUUUCAGAGCUUUUUGCCUCCUUUAAGAGGUUUACAUUUUCGUACUGUCCGCCUACAUAAUAUAUUUCCAAGAGGAGUAUUAAAUAACAUUAUCACAACCCGUGUGAUCUUGCACUGUAUAUCAUAAUGGGCAAAUCGCUCACUGGUUGGCGACACUGCCGAGAUUGGCAGGCACUAGACGAGAGGGUUAUAAAGUAGCUUAACCUGAAAAUUAGUAAAAUUAGACAUAUAGUCAAUAUCCCAUAAUUUGUUGACGUUGACAGAACCAUGUUUUGAAAAAA